AGACAUUCAAUGAUGACCACACUUGCCCAAGAGAGGACAAGAAUAGGGCUGCCAACAGGAAUUGGGUAUGCAGCAAGCUUGUGAAGAAGGUGAGAAAGUAUCCAAAUUUUAGACACUGCGAGGCUACAACUUACUUCAAGACACGGUUUGACUUGACUCUGAAUAAAAACUCAAUAUCCAGGGCAUUAAUGGAUGCAAGAAGUGUAGUGUAUGGGGAUGAAAAAGAACAAUAUAGGAUGGUUAGGGAUUAUGGUAUGACGCUGUUGAAGACUAAUCCCGGUUCCACUGUACAAAUAUGCACCACCCCCAACCAGAUGGUGAAGUUACCUUUGAUAGAAUGUAUAUAUGCUUAAGUGGCUGCAAAAAUGGGUUCAAGGCUGGUUGCCGUCCUUUGAUAGGUUUGGAUGGUGCUUUCCUGAAGACCCAGUUUGGUGGACAGAUUUUGUCAGCCGUGGGGUUAGAUGCUAAUCAUCAUAUCUAUGUCAUAGCAUGGGCUAUUGUCAGAGUGGAGAAUACAGAGACAUGGAGAUGGUUUCUCGAGCUACUUCAUCAGGACUUGGGUCAUUAUAAAGAGCAUGACUGGUGCUUCAUAUCGGAUAUGCAAAAGGGACUGAUAUCAGCAGUGAAAGCGGUGAUGCCUGAUGUGCAUCACCGUUUCUGCGUCUGGCAUUUAUGGAAAAAUUUCAACAAGAACUGGAAGGACUUACAGCUAAGGGGACUUCUGUGGGAAUGUGCAAGGGCAACAACAUACCAAGAAUUCAGGGAUGGAAUGGAGAAGAUCAAAAGGUUAAAUGAGGAUGCCUGGGCAUACUUAGAGAAGUGGCCUAUGGAUGCUUGGACCAGAAGCUUAUUCAGCCAUAAGCCGAAAUUGGAUAGCAUCUGUAACAAUGCCUGCGAAGUGUUCAACGCUAAAAUCAAGGAUGCACGAGCCAAACCCAUCAUAACAUUGCUGGAGGAGGUAAGGAUGUUUGUUAUGCGAACCAUAGCGAAAAACAAGGUGAAGCUGCAGAAUCACACUGGGAAGCUCACACCUGUUAUAAAGAGCAGGCUGGAGAAGGUGAGGAAAGAAUCCAAGCAUUGGAAGCCUAUUUGGACUGGGGAUAACGGAUACGAAAAAUUUGAGGUGCACGGACAUCCAACCAACCAUGUUGUGGACAUAGGAAAGAGACUGUGCACAUGCCAAUUUUGGAUGCUAACGGGUAUCCCGUGUGUGCACGCUUGUGCUACCCUGUCUCGUGUGAACAAAUAG